GUUUUUCCUAAGCAAAAGUUUCCUCGCUCGCGGUGGCAUGCCUCCGCCAUGUAUGCGCCAAUCCGAGUGCAGCCUGAAACCAAGUAUGAGGCGGAGGUGGUGGUCUUGGUCACGUCCCUCGGGGCGAAGCGCACCGAGUUCAACGCCGGGAAGCGUGCCAGGGACCUAUUGGAGAUCAAGGGCGCCCACCACAAGAUCAUCGACUUCAAUCGGGACGCUCGUCAAGCUGGUACAGGUGAUGCCGAAAACAAGGCGAUCGCAAAGCUAAACGACGACGGCAAAUUGAAGAGCGGCGCGAACAACGACUUGAUCCUACCCCAGGUCUUUAUCGAUGGGCAGUACGUGGGCAACGGUACCGACCUGCAGGGCCUUGAGGAUGAUGGACUCCUCGAGAACAUCCUCAUGCGCAGAGCCUGCAUGUGCUGCAACUCCUCGAGGCGGACACCUGACAUGACGCAGUGCCCCGCCUGCUGGGUGAAGUUCGAGGAGAUCCUGCCGGGCGAGAUGACCAUCUCACAAGCUCUUCAGGAGUUCCAUGAGCUUGCACUGGACGAGUAUGAUGAAGACGAAGACGACGAUGACGACGAAGGGGACGAGGAUAUGAUGCUGCCAGCCGUCACGGGCAUGGCCACCGAGUUCCCAGAGGAACGCGGUGCCCACCGGGAAGGCUAUGGCGAGCUACCAGUGGACGCAGCCCUUCUGCGUUCGGCCGCCUUCCAGCCGGGUGAGCAGGUACAAUACUGGAGCGACUCCAAGAAUCGCUACGUGGAUGCGGUCGUGGACAACAUUCGGCUAAAAGAAGGAAAGAUUGUGUACGACCUGAACUGCAAGCGCGGCGCUCACGCGGACAAGAUCAGGGGCUACGACCCCGCCAGCGAAUGAAAUGCUAAAUUCAGGGCCUUGGGAAACGGGGGUACC